CGGGCGUGGCCGUGGAUGACCGGAACCGGAACUCUUCUGACCGCCCCCUCCCACUCCACCCCCUCGACCAAUCCCCUUCUGCCCUGUGGCCGGGAGAGCCAAUCCCGUGGGCCGACGAGCGGGUAUUUCCGGUGCCUCUCCCCCUCUUCCGGUCGCGGGGCCUGGUGGGCCCAGGAGGAGAGCCUCCCCGGGGCAACUCAGGACCCAACGAGGACCAGGCACGCCACGCAUUCCAGCGUUUUGUGGGCUCUGGAAUGUCCUCGGGAAGAUUGGGGCAGAAAAAUGACUCACAUCGCUGCGGCGAGAGACUUGGAAGGGUCUUCUAGUGAUGGGGAUGACGACGACACAACAAUCAUCCUGCUGUAUCCGCACUCGGAGAGAAAAGAUGACUUGCCUGCCGAGGAAGGCAUUCCGGUUUCAGACAGUAGUGGGAUUCUCAAGCAUUCGACCACCUUGACAAAUCGGCAGCGUGGCAACGAAGUCUCUGCCUUACCAGCUACUUUGGACACUCUGUCCAUCCACCAGCUUGCAGCCCAGGGUGAGUUGCUCCUGUUGAAGGAAAGUCUACGAAAAGGUGAAAACCUGUUAAAUAAAGCCGACGAACGAGGCUUCACCCCAUUGAUGUGGGCGGCAGCGUUUGGGGAAAUAGAGACUGUGCGCAGCAUGCUGGAAUGGGGUGCCGACCCCCACGCCCUUGCAAAAGAGCGAGAAAGCGCCUUGUCUUUGGCCAGCACCGGAGGGUACACGGAUAUCGUCCUGCUCCUGCUGAAGCAGAAUGUGGACAUCAACUCAUACGACUGGAAUGGCGGGACCCCGCUUCUGUAUGCAGUGCGUGGAAACCACGUGAAGUGUGUGGAGGUCUUGCUAGGGCGAGGUGCCGACCUCACAAUCGAAGCAGACUCGGGUUACACGCCGAUGGACCUCGCCGUGAAUUUGGGACACCGGAAAGUCCAACAAGUCAUUGAGAAGCACAUCCUCAAACUGCUGCGGAACAAGGAGAGCGAGGAGAACCCGUAGGCAAAAGAGAAGCUGGGGGAGCUCCCUCUUCCCUUCGCUGCAUUUGCUUUUUUGAGGAAAUAACGUCGAGCGUGGCAAAGCCUGGGUUGGA